CUGCAGCCUUCGUCUUCCUCCAAUCCUCCUCUGUCCUCUCGUGUCUGACCACUCGAUCUGUGCACUGUUCUAGCUACACUCCAACAUGCAACUGAGCGCAGCCAGCUCGAUCGGACAACAGACCAAAACGGCGCGGAAAGCCGGAGUCGGUGCUCGGACGCGCCGGACCGCCGGAGCGAAGGGAAAGGCUCGCCUCCUUGCCGCCCUCGCCGUGAUCGCGUGGACCUUCUUCCUCUACCUCCACUUCCCCGGGCUUAGCGACACGGUGCAGGUGAGCCGCGGGAAUGGCGGCGCCGACGACCCGUGCCGGGGCCGGUACAUCUUCAUGUACAACCUGCCUCCACACUUCAACGCCGACAUCAUCCGCGACUGCGACAAGACUGGAGACCACUGGGGGGGCUUGUGCGCCUCCCUGGGCAACGCCGGCCUCGGCCCGCCGCUAGACGACCGCACGGACGGCGUCUUCACGGGCGAAGGCGGUUGGUACGGCACGAACCAGUUCGCCCUGGACGUCAUCUUCCAUAACCGGAUGAAGCAGUACGAGUGCCUGACCAACCGCUCCGUCAUGGCCGCCGCCAUAUUCGUGCCGUUCUACGCCGGCUUCGACUUCGCCCGCCACCACGGCAGCGCCGCCACGUCCAAGGAGCUGAUGGUGUGGGUUACGGGGCAGCCGCAGUGGGCGUGGCGCAUGUGGGGGCGCGACCACUUCCUCGUCGCCGGGCGGACAGGCUCUGACUUCCGUAGGAGCAGCAACGUCGGCCCGGGCCGGGGCAACGACCUCCUCGGCAUGCCGGCCGCCCGGAACAUGUCGGUGCUCGUGCUGGAGUCCACGCUGCAACAUGGCAGCGACUACUCCGUGCCGUACCCGACCUACUUCCACCCCAGGUCGGACGCCGGCGUGCUCCGGUGGCAGGACAGGGUGCAAGGCCAGCGGCGGACGUGGCUCAUGGCGUUCGUCGGCGCGACGCGGCGGGACACUCCGGUGAGCACCCAGGUACGGGAUCACGUCAUCGCGCAGUGCAAGGCUUCCAACGCCUGCGCCAUGCUGGGGUGCGCGCGAUCUCCCGGCGCCGGCAGCGCGCAGUGUCACACCCACACCCCAGCCACCAUCAUGCGGCUCUUGCAGAAGGCCAGCUUCUGCCUGCAGCCACCCGGGGACUCCUGGACGCGGCGCUCGGUGUUCGACGCCAUGGUGGCCGGCUGCAUCCCGGUGUUCUUCCACACGGCGUCGGCGUACAAGCAGUACCGGUGGCACCUCCCCAAGGACCACCUCAGCUACUCCGUGUACAUCCCGGACACCGACGUCCAGCAGCGCAACGUGAGCAUCGAGGCCGUGCUCCGGUCGAUCCCUCCGGCCAUGGUGGUGCGGCUGCGGGAGGAGGUGAUCAAGCUCAUCCCGACGGUGAUAUACGCCGACCCCAGGUCGAGGCUGGAGACAAUCAAGGACGCGUUCGACGUCGCCGUUGAGUGCAUCCUCGACAAGGUGGAGCGGAUCAAGAAAGGUGAGUUCGUGGGCAGUGGUCGGCCGGUCAGCGAGGACCCGCCGAACCUGUACAUGUCGACGGAGUCGGCGUUCCGACCCAAAUCCAGCGUUUCAAAAGAGUAAAGCUCGCUCAGGGUCCUUGAAAUUUUUUUCACAUUCU